UCGCUUGAGCAGUGGAGCUGUCUGACACCACACUGCAUGCUCUGCCUCGCCUCUCCGCUUUGCUGGAUAGUCACUGAGUCUGCAAGAGACGGAAACGGAGGACGGGAAGGGAGGGAGGCAGAGAGAGAGAGAGAGAGAGAGAGAGCCUGCACUCUCCAUUCAGCUGCUGCAUUCUCCAGCCUGCCUCUCCCGCUGCUGUCCUGCGCUGCUGGGAGUGCAGUGCUGGGGGUCAACUGGACGGGCUGACAUCUCCCUGAAGGACUUCAUCCUCUUCCCCUCUGUGCGCUUCCUUCGUCCGUUCGUUCCUGGGGCAGAGUGAAGAGGAGGAGAGAAGAGGGAGGGACUGGGAGCGGGACAUCAGACUCCUGCGUUCAGCUGCGUGGACCAGUGUCCCACCUCGCUCCAGAGACACAUGAGAGGAACGCACGGGCAUAUCUGCGUUUAGAUUAGACACGGCUCAGGGUGAACGGGCUUUAGAAGACUGGAGAGGAGGGGGACAGACUGACAAAGACACAGAUUCUAUAAAUACAGAAGGACUGACAGACGGGGGGUGUCAUGGCGUCAGUGGACAGCAGCGGUGUGAGUGUCUCUGGUCGGCUGAGAUCAGGGGAUCUACUUCACGCUGGCCUGACAGUUGUACUGCUGCUCGGGGUCUGGAGUGUUUGUGGACUGGAGGUAUCGACAGGUAAAGUGUCUUCAGUCGAAGCAAUGAACGGCUCCACGGUUCUGCUGCCCUGCACAUACUCUUCCUGUAUUGGCAUCAAAGACCUCUACUUCAACUGGCAUUAUAAUGACAAUGGAACAAUGCUCAAGUUAUGUGAAGCAGAGAUCCCAAUGGAGGGCAUUGAGCCCAAGGUCAGUGUGUACCAUGAACGUGUGGAGUUUGUCGGCUCCUCAAAGAGCAACAACAUCUCCAUCCUGCUGUGGAACAUCACCUUUGAAGAUCAAGGAGAGUACAUCUGUUUCGCCCGGAACCCGAAAGAGAAGAAACGCAACCACAGCGCUGUCUUCACUCUGAUAGUGGUGGACCAAAUGAGGGAGGUUGACAACACUUUGACCGUCAUCAUCGUCUCUGUGCUGGGUGGAGUCAUUGGCUUAGUUAUCUUCAUCAUGGUGAUAAAGGCCUUGGUUGUUCACUUCCUGCUGAAGGAUGAUGAAAAAAAGUGA